CGAAUGUUUGCAAAGUUCUUAGGCAUAUACUUAAACGCAUCUUUAGGUCCAGGUGUGAAACAUUCUAGGUCACUGCUUGGUGUUUGAAAUUGGAAAAUCCUUUCACCAAAAUGAAAUUCAUCAUACCACAACCGCUUAAUGUUAAGUAUUAUCACACCAUGAUAAUCUCGCUCUGGAAAAUCCGGUCGGAGUUUUUGAUGGUGGCACUUAUCGCAACACAAUUCAACAAACCGGCAAUCGUAUCUUGUGAUAAACGGAUUACCACACGGGGGCAAAUAAAAGCUUGUGCCAGACCGCAGUUUCAGUAUCAGUAGUCCUCAGAGAGCCGAUGGUAAGGAAUCUAGUAACCAUGAAGAUCGCUGGAGCGUUUGUUAUUGCCGGUCUGUUGGCCGUUUGUUCUUUGGCCAGUGCCGAAUGGAUCGACAUUGACUGGUCGCAGGUGAAACCGAUCGAUGAGUUCGAUCACUACUGGCAGCGUUUGCCAGCGGAAGCACAGUAUCUGCGCCGUGUUCGUCCAUCCCAGCGCAUCGUGAACGGUGUUGAGGCUCUGCCUGGUCAGUUCCCUUACCAGAUUGCGCUGCUCAGCAACUUUGGCGCCGGUACCGGUCUGUGCGGUGGUACCGUCAUCACGAACAACUACAUCCUGACGGCGGCUCACUGCGUCGUCGAUGGUGGUGGCCAAGUGGCGGGCAGUGGUACCGCAAUCCUCGGUGCCCACGACCGUACCGUUGUGGAACCGACGCAACAGCGCAUCACCUUCACCCAGGCCGGUGUGUCCGUACACCCACAGUACAACCCGUCCACGAUCCGCAACGACAUCGCCACGGUCCGUCUGAGCACUCCGGCCGUCUUCAAUGCACGCGUUCAACCGAUCGAUCUUCCGGCCCGUUCGGAUGCCCGCACGUUCGCUGGUCUGGAGGGUACGGCGUCCGGUUUCGGACGUACCUCGGACGCAAGCACCGCUACCUCGCCGGUGGUAAUGUUCACGCGCAACCCGAUCCAGUCCAACGCUCAGUGCAACAGCUUCUGGAGCACGGCUGUCGUACAGGACCAGAACGUGUGUCUCGAUGCUUCCGGUGGUCGCUCACCAUGCAACGGUGACUCCGGUGGUCCAUUGGCUGUGCAGGAUAGUGGCCGCAGCCUGGAGGUUGGCAUUGCUUCGUUCGUGUCGGCACAGGGUUGUGCUUCGGGUGCUCCUUCCGUGUGGGUGCGCAUCUCCUUCUUCCGCGACUGGAUUGAGCAGAACUCGGACUACGUGGUUGACGUAAUCGUCGGUAGAAUCAGCGAAAGCAAGAUGAAAACCUUCAUUGUGGUUGCCCUGUUGGCGUUGGCUGUGGCCGCUAGUGGCGAAUGGAUCGACAUUGACUGGUCGCAGGUGAAACCGAUCGAGGAGUUCGAUCACUACUGGCAGCGAUUGCCGGCAGAGCUUCAGUUCUUGCGCCACGCCCGUCCAUCCCAGCGUAUCGUAAACGGGCAGGAAGCCGUACCCGGUCAGUUCCCGUAUCAGAUUGCGCUGCUCAGUAACUUUGCUGCCGGUGGUGGUCUCUGCGGUGGUACCGUCAUCACGAGCAACUACAUCCUGACGGCGGCUCACUGCGUCGUCGAUGGUGGUGGUGCUGUCGCUGUGGACGGUACGGCAAUCCUCGGUGCCCACAAUCGCAUCAAUGUCGAGCCGACCCAGCAGCGUAUCGGAUACGUACAGUCCGGUGUGGCCGUACAUCCGAGCUACAACCCGACGCUUAUUCGCAACGACAUUGCCACGGUUCGUCUAAACAGCCCAGCUGUCUUUAACGAUCGCGUACAGCCGAUUGAUCUUCCGGCUCGCUCCGACAGCCGCACGUUCGCUGGUAUGGUUGGUACGGCGUCCGGUUUCGGACGUACCUCGGACGCACUCCCGGGUGCGUCAGAUGUCCUGAUGUACACGAACAACCCGGUCAUGACGAAUGCCGCUUGUGUCAGCGCAUGGAACAUUAUUCUGGUUUCGGAUCAGAACGUGUGCCUGGAUGCUACCGGUGGACGAUCGGUGUGCAACGGUGACUCGGGCGGUCCCCUCACGGUAGUGGACAAUGGUAACAGUCUGGAGAUCGGUAUUGCUUCGUUCGUGUCGGCACAGGGCUGUGCUUCGGGCAUUCCCUCCGUCUGGGUGCGUGUGUCCUUCUAUCGGGACUUCAUCGAGCAGAACUCGGAUUACGUGUUCGGUGCUUAAGAUGUAAACGUUUAGCUUACCUCCGAUUAUAUAAAUAUAUCAAAAAAAACUAUACUUAAUUGCAUAUCAUGUACUUGAUGCUUUAUU